GUUUCCUGUCUUUUUCCCUCUGUUUUUGUAAGUCCUUUUACCUUAAAUGUGUAUGUUGAACAACCCUGUCUCAGAAUACUUCUCACUGGAGAACACUUUAACCUUUAUCUUAAGUUGCCUGCUGGAGGCACAGCCCAAAUGAUGGGUACAGCAGGUGUGCCCAGUCAGCUGAAACCAGCUCUUAACUUUAUUGUAAAAUACACAUCUCUUGGCUCUGAGCCACAUGUGUGCAGUGUAAAGGAUAAAGUUCCGCUGUAAUUGGACCCUUUCUCAGCUUUGGACUUUGCCUGUAAACAUCCUGGACAGGAUGAAUCCCACGUGCAGUUUUGCAACAGGGUUUGUGAAGAUCACUUGUAUUCAUAUUCAUGGUUACAGGGAAACUGCUAUCAAGACAGGGAAGUAACAGAGAUUCUACACAAACAUUUCCACCGUAAUCACUGUUUUCACUAGCCUCAUUUGUUCUUUGCUGUUCAACUGCAACAAUCUAGAAAUCCAGGUCUUCAGCUUUUGAAACUGGACUGCAGGAAAGGAGACCCUCUAUCUGAGCAAGUAACACUACAGGACUGCAAAGUACAUUCUGUAUCAUAACAAAUCCUCCCCAGUCAAAGGGAUCUGACACCUGAGGAAUCCUCUAAGAACUUCUCUUUUGAAGAAGGCAGUCACAAGAGGCAGUGCAGAGAACAAUUUUUAACACGCAACUGUGAAUGUGUCCAUAGGAAAAUGUCUUCAAGUGACGGGUUUGCCAAAGAAGAUUCCAACUACAGUGAUUACUCUGAUAACUGGUACUUGGAUGACUCUACACCAUCUGUGUCUGAGGACAAGAUUAUUCUACUCUGCAAUACCACCAUUCCUACUAAAGAGUUCCAUAUAUGCGUGGCUCCCUUAUCGGUCAUUGUGUUGAGUCUUCUCGUCAUUCUGGUCAAAUGCACAAGGCAAGGAAGCAAAUUGUUCUCAAUACUUGGCACUGCUGAACUUUUGGAGCCUUCAAGUCACAAAGAGUUGGCAGCAUCAGUGUUUGGACUCCUUUUCUGCUCUCUCUGUACCAUUGUUCUAGAAGAUGACCCCCUUCCACUAAUUAAUGGGUCUUCCCAUCAAAUGAAAGAGUACUGGAAAAUUCUGGCGUUUUUCUAUUAUCCUGUCAUCUACUUUCCUUUACUUGGCUGUGCAGCUGUUAGGCAUCGAAUUGGUUAUGUCCUCGGUGCCAUUCUGUCAUGGCUUCAUUGUGGAGUGUUGAUUUGGCAGAAAGUGGAGUGUCCUUAUUCACCUAAGAUUUACACAUACUACCAACUGCUUUCCAGCUUCCCUCAAAUUGGCUGCCUGCUUACACUCAGUGUCGUCUAUCCUACCUUGUUGAUAAAGAACCUCAGAAAACCAGUGCCAGAAGAAUUGCCAAAAACUGAGCUUCAGGAAGAUAUGAAUUGCCAAGAAUAUGUGAAGGAACUCUUCCGAAGGAGAAAACACAAAAUUUGUCCAAAAUCUGGCAUUCUGCCACAGAUGUCUACAUUUUUGCUUUCCUAUGUUUACCUCCCAGAGAAAGGCUUCUACUUGCCAACAAAGCUUUGCAUCUCCAGCUUUGUGGGGCUGAUAGCAGUAUAUCAGGUAGCUUUGCUGCUGGUAGUUGCUGCUGUUCCCCCUCUUCAGAAGAUACAGGCAGGGAUUACAGAAGAUAUAGCGUUUCUGCUUGCUGGAUUUAAUAUAAACCUUUCUGAUGACAGAAAAGAAGUGGUCAGGCUUGUUCAGUACUACCUCUGGGUAAUAGAAGUUUGCUUCAUUUCUGCAUUGGUUUUCUCCUGCUUUAUAACUUUAUCCAUGAUAAUGAAAACAAUGGUGCAGCACAGGGAGAACUUGAAGGCUCUGUACAGAGGUGAUCUCCUGAAUGUAUUUCAUCAGCAUCAGAAGCUCCGCUCUUCUCGUUCCCUUCUGGUUAGUUGGAUGAGCUUCACCAGUUAUCAGACUGCUGUCAUCUGUUUAGCUCUCGUCAUAGAGCAGAUCGUUCUGUUCAUUUGUGUACUGUUUUUUGCCUACCUAAUAGCCAUCCCUGUUCUUUAUGGAAGGAACUUGAUUUUGCUUAUAAUCCUCAGUCGGAUGUGGCCUUUCUGGUUGUUACUGGUAUUGGUGGUGGUGAUGCAACAUUUAACAGCUGAAUAUGUUUUCCUGCACAACAGUGAGCUGACACAAAGCUUUCUCAAGAGGUUAGCGUUCUACGUGAUGACCUACCUACUCUUCAUCGUUAAUGUACUAGCCGGAGUUGUGAUGGGUAUCUGGAGAAUGGUGAUUUCUGGACUCUUCAAUGUUGUUCAUUUAUCACGGCUAGAUAUCAGCCUUUUGAAUCAAAAAGCCCAGUACUUCGAUCCAGGCUAUAACUGCUACUCUCAAUACUUGAGGCUUGAAGCAUGCCAUCUGCAUCCAGUAUUAAGAGCCUUCUGUUUCCUCCUAAUCCACACUUCUUGUAGACCUGGGCAAAGUACAAAACAAUUGCCAACAAACAUGGAAGAAGGAAUCCAGCUUAUGAAGAAAGAAGUGCAGCUCAGAUUCACAACAUCUAAGCAAAUAAGAGCCAGAUGGCACCUGACCUACACACUCCUAAGGAACCCUUCCUUGAAACUCUUUCGAAGACCUGCCUUCACAGACUCCAUCUCUAAUGGCACAGGUACUUGCCUGUCAACAAAAAGCUGCUCAGAACAAUGUGACAACCAGUUGUAGAAAGCUCUUGACUUUAGAUGAUAUUUGCUGUUUCUGCUCUGACACUUACGUCUGUGAAUGGACUUCAUGUUUGGAUGUCUUUUCUAAUUACUGGACCAGACACACUAAUAGGCUCUGUCAAAUGAGAUGGUACUGGACAGCGUUCUUAGAAAUACAUUUCAUUAUUUCAGUCACACUCUGCAGCUCCCUACUGGACUCUAAUGGUUUUCUGAUCCUCUUGUCUCCAAUAUUAACUGGUCCUUUUUAAAUAAUCUGUUAUGAAUGACUUUGUCUACAUCUGUGCUAGCAUUAUUUAAUCUAAACAAAACCUACUCAAUAGCAGUUAUGUUGCAUUCAAUGUGUCCCUUCUCUGAAUUAGUAAGGCCAAAAAGUCUGCACCUUUCACUCUAAAAAUGAAUCUGAUUGCAAGCAAUAAGCAUAUUAAAUUUCCCAGUAUAGACUGGUUUAAGGUAAUAGAAGUAUGCAUAUAUUUAACUGAAUACUUAACUACCAUAAGGGUGAUGGUACAUUUAUUAAGUUUUGUUUUUUGACCAUCCAGCAGUCUGCACUGGAAAGUAAUUAUGUCCAUAUGGCACUGGAGGAAUACAUCACAGAUAAGUCAAUACAGUAUUUUCUCACACUGGAGCAACACUUAAUUAAGGUUUCAUUUCAUUCCUUGCCUUUCAAACUUGAUGUGUAUCAUUUCCAAAGAUCAAAACAUUGCUAGAAUAAGUUUUUUUAGGUGCAUAAGUAUUUACUAGUGGUUUGUCAUGGUCAUAAUGUACCUCCGACCCUCUCACCUUCACUAAGAACUGUUUUUUUUUCCAUUGUUGCACCUUUCCUUGACUGCCCAUUGGCUUCCUGCUAUCUAGAUUAUUUAACUCAGUAUUCAAGGAUCUACUAAGGUUCUGCUGUAUUUUGUGAAGUUUGCCAUCUUUCAUUUGCUCUCCUGCAUCGUGCACCUUGCACUAAAUGCACUGCUCCUUUUUGCAAAGUUCAAGUCUGACAGCCUGAUUCUCAUUUCACUGUAAAACAUAUCAGAACAGGAAUACAUCAGAAAAAAACAGGUCAAGCUAUUGACAGGUUGCAAAUUUAGUCUGAGAGAGAACGUAUUUUAGUCAGAAAUCUCAGUAACAGCAUUUGCAAUAAAUCUGCUUAACCAUGGAUUAUCAGAAAAAAACAAGUUAUGAAAGACAGUGGCUAAAAACCCAGGUAAGAAAAGAACAAUUUGGCAUGUAAGGGAAAUCUGUGAAAAACUACAGGUGAUGUAAGGUUUUACAGAGCUUAAAAUGAGCUGCACUAGUGCACAUGGGCUGCAUUUACAGGCAGUCCUUCAUGGCCCAUCACAUGACUACAGAGCUUAAAAUGAGCUGCACUAGUGCACAUGGGGUGCAUUUACAGGCAGUCCUUCAUGGCCCAUCACAUGACUACAGAGCUUAAAAUGAGCUGCACUAGUGCACAUGGGGUGCAUUUACAGGCAGUCCUUCAUGGCCCAUCACAUGACUACAGAGCUUAAAAUGAGCUGCACUAGUACACAUGGGGUGCAUUUACAGGCAGUCCUUCAUGGCCCAUCACAUGACUACAGAGCUUAAAAUGAGCUGCACUAGUACACAUGGGGUGCAUUUACAGGCAGUCCUUCGUGGCCCAUCACAUGACUACUUUCAGAUGCUGUGUUUUAUCAAUUAGUUGAAACAAGUACGUUACUCCAUACGUUGCAGUCAUUCACUGCAUUGUGAUUCUUCUCGCACCUACCAAAUCCCCUUCGAAAAUGCUUUUUUGGGGUUGGGGAAGAUUUUUCUAAAGCACUUAAGUUUCAGCUGUUGUGGAAGAAAGGGUGCUGAUGACUUACAAUAAUAAAAACUGCUAGUUGUUCAUAUGGGAGCUCAAAGAGUUUUGAGAAACAGAGCUGUAGGACACUGGAGAUUUAAAAACGGACAUUGUCUAAUAUAUCUACCGGGUAGAUGAACUGUAGGUACUCACAUUUUCUGCAUGCAAGGAGUUGAUUUUUCCAGCUGAAAUGUUCAGUAUACUUAAUGUGGGGAAGAAACAAGAAUAUUUAACUGCUCCAGCUGUAAUAUAUAGAGUGCUUCUAUAAUCUGUGGAGUACAGAUUAGUGACGCAGUACAUUUAUACCAUCAGUGUUUUUUCUGCUUCAUAUUUACAGUGUGAUUUUUUAAUGUUUAUUAAGCUUUGGUUGUUCCACAAUGUUUUCAUGGCAAUUUUCCAAUACUGUACCAGUAUGUCAUUGGCUUAUAAAAGAUACAUUCUGUGCCUCUUCAAAAAGGUUAUCCAUCUAACAAUGCAUGUGUUUUGUUUGUCCAGAAACUUUGGAAUGCACAUUCACAUCUAACCCUUAUAAAAUCAGUGAAUUGCAAGUAACAUGCUGGGAUGACUUCUGUCAAGAGUGUGUUAGUUUUCAUUUGUUAUCCUUUAAAGGAAGCAGAGAUGAAGCACAUACACAAUCAGGCUGAAUGUGCUUUGUGAGUCAAUUUCUAACUGAUUUGCUGUAAAAGAGUUGCCAUACUUCUCUGAUACCCUAACAGCAUGUUGGGUCUCAGAUCAUCUCCUGCCUAACACAUACCUCUUAACUUCUGGACAUUAGAAAUCAUAGAAUUGGUCUAUAAAAACAGUAGCAGAGGGUCAGAAAGAGGAGAUUCAAAUAAAAUGUUUUCAAAAACCAGAGUCUGUGUAGUUAGUAGUAAGGAUUCUUUGUAUAUACUUAGUUUAUUUUUUUAAUGUAUGUAGUCCUUAACAGGUGCAGCUACUUUUGUGAAUAAACUAGAAGACAUGAGGCUAAAUCAGAUAACAAAGGUCAUAGUGUUAUGUCCAAUUCAAAGCAGAUGUAAGUUAGCUUAACAGCACCAGAUUCAACAGACCGUUACCUGAAAACUCAUAGUUUCCCUUUAUUUCAAACUCUAGCUGCCUUUGUAUGUAUGUAACAUGCAGAAUUAAUGUCUUCCAAAUGAUAAGAUGUUUGUUUUCAAAGCUCUCUUUAAAACUACAUUCCAGAAUGGGUACGUGUUGUAUGUUAUGCGUUAAAACUCUGUGCAAGAAUUAUAAAUAAAAACAAUUCUUAGUGUAAAA